CUGCAAAAAAAGGUCACAUAGAGAUUGUUAAGACUUUAAUAAAGCAUGGCGCUAAUGUCAAUGCUAGUGUAGAUCCUUUUUGUAAUACAAUAUUAAAAUUGGCUACAUGGAACCAAUAUAUAGAGGUUGUUAAAACUUUAAUAGAACAUGGCGCUAAUAUUUAUGAUUAUUCAAUUUUAUUCUGGGCUGCAAUUAAUGGUCGUACAGAAAUUGUUAAAACCUUGAUAAAACGUGAAAUUAAUGUUAAUGUUAUUAUCACUAACCAAGGUGACACAACAUUACACAUGGCUGCAUAUUAUGGUCAAAUAGAAGUUGUUAAGACUUUGAUAGAACAUAGAGCUAAUGUUAACGCUGUUGAUAGUUUUGGCAAUUCAAUAUUAUACUUGGCCACAAUAAAGCGUCACAUUGAGGUUUGUAAAAUAUUAAUCAAAUAUGGUGCUAAUUUCAAUGCUACAGACAAGAAUGGCCAAGCUAUUAAAUCCUUGUUAAAGAAACAUAAAGACAAAGUUAAUAUUGCAGAUACAAAUGGUAAAACAGCAUUACAUUGGGCUGCAGAAUAUGGCCAUACAACCGUUGUUGAAAUUUUGAUAAAAUAUAAAGCUGAAAUUAAUUGUAUAGAUGCAAAUGGUAAAACAGCAUUACAUGCGGCUGCAGAAAAUGGUCAUACAACUGUUAUUGAAAUUUUAAUAAAAUACAAAACUGAAGCUAAUUUUGCUGACAAAAAUAGCAAAACAGCAUUGCUUUUGGCUGCAGCAAAAGUUAAUGCUGUCGAUAUAAAUGGUAAAACAGCAUUAUAUUUGGCUACAGAAAAUGGUCACUUAAAUGUUGUUAAAGCUUUGAUAAACAAAACUGAUGUUAAUAUUACUGAUAAGAAUAAUCUUACGGUAUUACAUAUUGCUGCUAAAAUGGGAUAUGAAGAAAUUGUUAAAAUUUUAGUAGAAACUGCUCAAAUUAAUGCUACUGAUAAUAAUUACUGCACACCAUUGUUCUAUGCAGCAGAAGAAGGCUAUGAAAAAAUUAUUAAUAUUUUAAUGAAUCGUGAAGCCAAUAUUAAUUAUGCUAAUAAGGAUGGUAUUACUGCAUUACAUAAAGCCACGGAGAAGGGUCAUAUUAUGGCCAUUAAAACAUUACUAAAAUAUGUUAGUGUUAAUGUUAAUAUUGCAGAUAUUAAUGGCGAAACAGCUUUACACAAGGCUGCAUAUUCUAAUGGCAAAACAGCAUUGUAUUUGGCUACUAAAAAUAGGCAUAUAGAAACAGUUAAGCAUUUAUUAAAUGCAGAGGCUGGUGGCAAACAAGAUUUAAAUUAUAUUUAUUUCGCUAUAGAGAAAAUUUAUGUAAAUGCUGUUAAGUUGUUAUUAGAGGAGGAAGCCCAUAGUAAUCAAAUAUUACACUAUAUUGCAAAAAAAGGAGAUAUUAAAAUUAUUAACUUUUUAUUAGAAAAUGGUGAAAAUUCUAACAGUGUCGAUGAAAAUAGCAAAACACUAUUACAUUGGUCUGCAUUUGAAGGACAUAAAGAAAUUGUAAAUUAUUUAUUAGAAAGAAAUAUUAAUUUAGUUAAAGCUGUUGAUAAUAAUAAUGAGACGGUAUUAUAUGAAGCUGCGUGGAAUGAACAUACAGAAAUUGUUAAAUUUUUGAUAAAUCAAGGUGCUGAUAUUAAUUCUAAAAAUAAAAAUGGUUGGAAACCAUUACAUAUAGCUGCGAUUUCUUGUCAAGUUGAAGUUUUUAAACUUCUAAGCAAUGAAGAAAUAGAAUAUUUUAAAAAUAUUGAUUUUUUAAAUCAGAUAGAUAGUUUUGAAUUGGACAAUUAUUCUAGAUUUAAGCUUACUUAUGGCACCACACUGGGGCUAGCUAAUAAGUUACGAAAUUUAGAAAAUCAAUUUUAUAAACUAGAAAAUAAUAUUGAUUUUCUUCCUUUUUACCAGUUUUUUUUAAAAUGUAUUGAAAGAUAUACAGAAAAUCUUGAGGAAAAUGAAAAUUUUGGACAAAAUAAAAAAGUACUUAAUUAUUUUUAUAAAUGUACACUUAACAAGAUUUGUUAUCUCAAAUUUGAAUCAGAAUCUAGUUUGAUAAUUGAUAUAAAUAAAUAUUUUAAUAUCAUAGACAAUGAUAUCAAAUUACUACAAAACACAAACAAGCAAGAUGCAAUAAAUAAAUUUAACUAUCAAUAUGAAGAAACAACUAAUAAGAAAAUUGUAGAGGCUUAUAAUAUUGUUAGUAAUCAAAUUAAACCUGAAAUGAAUAAUAUUGUUAAUAAGAUAAAUGAAAAAAUAGAACUAUUGGUCGAUGAAACAAGCAAAUUAAUAGAAAAUAUUGAAAAAAAUAAACAAAAUUUAGAAAAAAAACAAAAAGAAUGGAAGAAUAAAUUAAUAUUAAAUGAUAAAAGGAGGGGGGCUAAUACAGCAGAAAUAUUUAUUACAGAAAAUAAUAAUAACCAGUCAAGAUUUGAAAUUUCUUUAGAUAUAAAAAAUUCUUUAGAUCGAAUGGAAAAAAUGCUUAGAGAUGAAGUAAGUAAAAAAGGUGAAGUGAUAAAUAUGGCGGAACAACAAUUACAAAAAUUGUUUGAAGAAUGUAGUAAAUGCCCAGAUAAGUUAUCUGAUAUAAAAGAAAAUAUAAAAGAAAUUAUAAAAGUAUUAGGUAAUAUAAAUUCUGUAAAAAGAGUAAAAGAAUUAAAAAGCGAAUUAGAGCAAAAGCAAAAAAAAUCGGAAGAUGAAUUAAAAAAAAAUGAAAACUUUAUCACUAGUAAAAAAACAAAAGAAGUAUUAGAUAUGGUACAAAAUCUUAACAACGGAAUUAAAACUGCCGAAAUGAUGAUUGAGUUAUAUUAUAAUUAUCAACAAGAUAAAGAAAAACUUGAUGCAAUAAGUGACACAAUCAAGCAAACAGAAGAUGAAAUUAAAAAAUUAAAACAAUAUGAAGAAAAUAUUAACAAUACUAUUACCUCUAUGAUCAAAAGAAUACAAGACAAUAUUAAUAAUAUUGAAAAUAAAAUAGAUACAAACUUACCAAUAGCAAUUGAAAUAAAGGAUGAAAAACUAAAACAAGCUAUUGAAGAAAUAGAACAAAUGAUAAGAACAAACAUUAUAUUAGAGCAUUUUAAAAGAGUUAUAAAUGCAUUCAAACAAUGGGUAUUUCCAUUUGCACAUAUAUAUUCAGAUGUAUUAACCUUACAGUUUGAUGAUAAAGAUAUUGAUGGUAUUAUACAACUAAUAGAAAAUCUGAAAUCAAAAAUGCAAGGACAUUAUGCAUUUAUUAAUGAGAAUGACAAAUUUUUAAUAAUUGGAAUAUUUAACAGUGAAUAUGAAUCUUCACGGCCAUUUUAUUUAUGGAAAAAUAAAAAACAUAACCAAGAAAUAUCAAAGUUGUUAGCUGGAGAAGAAAUAACUAUAAAAGCAGAUAUAACAAAAAGUGAUCCUGAUAAAAGAGAAUUAAUGCUUAGUCCUUAUACUACAUGGAGAAUAAAACUCAAACCCACUAAAGGAGCUGAUUUCAGCAAACUAAAAAUAUAUAAAGAUAAGGUAGACUUAGAGCUGAUAGGGCACGGAAAGUAUAUAGACGAAGAAGACAAAAUAAGUCUCUAUAUAAUGGUCCAUUCGGACAAAGAUCGUGCUAUACAAAAGUUGAUAUUUAUUUAA